CCGUAUCCGUAUCCGUAUCCGCGGAUCUAGACACGAAUGAUCCGUAUCCGUAUCCGUAUCCGCGGAUAUACAUUUUUAACGAUCCGGCACAUCACUAAUCCACACAUAUAAAUUUAUAAUUGGCAUCAACGAUUGCCAGUACAAUUGAACAGUGGAUCUCUUUAUUUUUAUAGUUAAAAUAAAGAGAUCCACUGUUAGCUGGAUCCGUUAUGACGACGUGUUUGCCAUUGAUGGCACCAAGGCAAUUGGGAAAGUUCCAUACAUGCCAAAAUUCUUCUGAUAUCUUUAACCAUUUUUUUUUUUUUUGGUAGUUGUUGGCAUGCAUUUUUCUGUCAUUUCUUGUAUGAUAGCAGUACAUACUUCUACAAUUAUAUUAUGCACAGUGCUCACACCAAGUCGAUAACUAUUGUGACUACAAGAAAACAUGGCUUUACUACGCAAUGCAUUCUGACAUGCCAUAAAAAACAAAAAGAAACUAAAAAUGGACAAGCUAGUGUAUCUAGGAAAAAAUGGAAAUAUGAAGACGAGAUGUCUUUUCUGUUGCCAUAUUUCAAGGAGAGACCCACUAUUGGCAAUGUUCCAGCUAACCAUGUAGACAAAAAUAGUGAUGCUGAAGAAAAUUGUUCUGAUGAAGAUAAUCAAGCAAGGUCAUCUUCUCCUGAAGCUAUAAUAGCACACUCCAUUCCAUCUCCAAAACAGCCAAAUAUUACAGAAGCAACUGUGACCCAGCCAUCUACCUCUAAAAAGACGCAUUCAAUUUCAGGAUCUUCACAAAACUAUGCACCAGUGCAAAACAGGACUAAAAUUUGCAAAGAAAUAAUUUUGCAACCUAUUUCCAGUGAGAGUCCUUCAAGCAUCAAAAAUAAAGUUUAUAUUAGAAAAUAAAGUGAAGACUAAUGACAUUCAGCAAUUUUUUGAUAGUAUUGCUACCACUGUUCAGUCAUUCCCUCCUCGAGAUAGAGCAAUAGCAAAAGCUAAAGUAUUUAGAGUGAUAUCAGAAAUGGAGCUAGACAUUCUAGGUAGAGAUUCAAGUAAUUCAAGUACCCAUUCUGUAGGUUCACUUGCAUCGUAUGAAAUGCAAAUACCAGAACAACGAAACGAUUUCUAUAACACACCAUCACCACAUUCACCCUCACCUGGAUCAGUACAAUGGAAUAACAUUUCUAAUGAUGAGUCAGGACUACAAGGGGUCAACAAUAUCCAAGAACCAGAAAUAUGACGACAGGACAACAUACAAGAAAGAACACCUGAAUACUCAUUACAACAUUAUUUUACUACAUAUGUCCCAGAAUAAAACAAAUUUUGUUAUAUCUAUAAGUUUACCUGAACCAAAUUUUGUACCAAAAUUGAGAAAAGGGUAGUUGCAAGUACUCUUAGUAAUGUUUUGUAAAAUUUAAAUAUCUACAUGAACAAUAAAGAUCUUACCUCAAACAAACGGCUACUUUUUCUCUAGGCGAUAAAGACUCCUUGAAUUUUGUGUCUUGCUUAGUUAUCAUUGGUUUAAUUUUAGUUACAAUGGUCUCGAGCUCAUAUUUACUCAUCCUAAAAUAUUUCAAAAAUCUCUCCUCAUCGUCCACAAGCUCCUUGAAUAAUGUGUAGAAUUCUCCUUCUUUUUUUGUUUUAUAUUCAUGGGAUGAACAGCAAACCUUUUUUUAGUUGCUUUUCUACACAACCUGAUUCUUCUUCUUCUUCUAGUAAAAUUGCCAUCAUGGCUAGUUCUUCUAUCGAAAAUUUUCAGAACAUGGUACGCACGUGCACUCCCUACUAUGCCUGAAGGCGUCUGUGCAUGCUGGGUUGUAGAUGUGAAAACUAUUGUCUGUGCCAUGUCUGCCACGUUACAUGCUGGCCAUGCUACGUGCCUGUAGAUAUGAAUGAAGCUUUAAGGUUCAAUUUCAAACUGUUAAAACCUGAAGCAGGCCACUUAAUGUAGCUAAAAAUGUUUUGUUAAAUUUUAUUAAACUAUUUUGCUGGAAAUAUUGUGGACGAUGUGACUUAUUAUUGUAUGUGCUACAAUGAAAUUACAUUCUAUGAUAAAUUUAGGAUAAUAUACAAAGUUACUAAUACUGAGUACAGGGGUAUCAGCUAGCUAAUGUAAUAUUUGAUGCUGAUCAGUGGUGCACCCAGAGGGAGAUCAAAGGGCCUUGGCACCCUCCAAAGAAAAAUGAAAACAAAUAGUAAAAAAAUUUUCCAAAAAUUUUUUCUUAAUUAAAAUUCAUUUUUUUAUUUAUAUUGUGUUGUGUCUUCUAUUUCCCUACUACUUGUGAAUUAGCAGUUACAUAAGGUGGGAAUUUUAUUGAAUUCACAUUAAAAACUUUUUUAUCUGUUCAACUCGCUCCCCCAAACUGAAUCCUGAGUAUACCACUGAUGCUGAUUAUUUAUAUGCACAGGGUGGUUCAUUCUAAUCAAUCCACUGGAAUAACUUAAAAAAUGCAUAUCCUAUAAAAAAAUUAGUUAAACCAAAGAUAUCCUUCAAGUAGCAACAAGAUUACAUAUCAGUUUUGCCAUAGAUGGCACCACAAUAAAAAAUGGGUCAACUUCAUUUUCUUAAAUGUGAAAUCCAAUUUUUUAUUAUAUAUUGUGAUCAUACACAAAAAAUAAACUUUUGUCUGAAAAUUUUUCUAAAAGAUGCAAUUAUCAGAAAUUAUGAGCAUUUUAACUUUUUUGCAGCUGCCAUACUCCACACAUCGAUGUUUAUCUGCGAAUUUAUUGAAAAAGGAAGAAAAAUGCUUUUAAAAAAUCUUCAGAAAAUUAUUAUUUUCUGAUAUAAUCAUUCAAUCAUUCUUCCUUAAAUAAUGAACUUAUACAAAACUCAUGCCAUCAUGUGAUAAUAGAUGUUGAGUUCAGUUGAUUUUUAAAUUAAUGCCAAAUGAUUGCCAGAUUAUAUCAGGCUACAUUAAUGUUACUAUUAAUAAUUAAAUGUCAAAUAAUUUGGUCUACAGGUAGGCAUUAAGCACCAUCUCUUGGUAAAUUUAAUAUUUAAUUAUUAAUUUAGAAUAAUUAAUUUAAGAAACAAAAGAUUGGAUGGAGGUUUGGAUAGCAUAAUUGGCAAUGCAUCUGCACAGCAAAUGGUUAUUGCAGGUUUUGAAAAGAAUUAGUCUGAAGCAGAGUCCUGCUUCAGGCUAAUUCUUUUCUUCCAGAACCUUCUAAAUUAAUUAUUAAAUAUUAAA